AUGUCGUCGAAUACGAGCGCAGCCCCCAUCUCAGCAGCAACGCGCCUGCGUAACCGCCUCAAGGAGACGGACGACUUGAUUCUCCUCCCGGGAGUCUACGAUGGCUUCAGCGCCCGCAUCGCGCUCGAAGUCGGCUUCGACGGGCUGUACAUGACGGGCGCGGGUACCUCCGCCUCGAGACUGGGCCUUCCAGACCUGGGCUACGCGACACUGAACGACAUGCGCGCGCACGCCGAGAUGCUGUCGAACCUGGACCCCUCGGUCCCGGUGGUAGCGGACGCGGACACAGGCUACGGCGGUCCGAACCAAGUGGCGCGCACCGUGACGCAGUACGCCCGAUCCGGCGUCGCCGGCCUGCACAUCGAGGACCAGGUGCAGACGAAGCGGUGCGGGCACCUGACGGGGAAGGAAGUCGUCGACGUCGACGUCUUCGCGGCACGCAUCAAGGCCGCCACGCUGGCGCGGCAGAAGAUCGGAUCUGACAUCGUCGUGAUCGCGCGUACGGACGCGCUGCAGACUCACGGGUUCGACGAGGCGCUGGAGAGGUUGAAGGCGGCCGUCGCGGCGGGCGCGGACGUGGCGUUCCUCGAGGGCGUCAGGAGCGAGGAGCAGGCCAGGCGGGCAUGCGAGGUUCUCGCUCCGACACCGGUCCUGCUGAACAUGGUCGAGCACGCUUCCACGCCGUCGUGGACCGCCGCGCAGGCCAAGGACAUCGGGUUCAGGAUGAUGAUUGUGCCGUUCGCGGCCAUUGCGCCGGCGUACGAGGCUAUUCGGGACUCGUUGAAGAGACUGAAGGAGACGGGCGAAGUCGGGACGCAGAAGGAUUUCACGCCGCGCAAGUUGUUCUCGAUCGUUGGGUUGAAUGAGGCGAUGGAGUUUGAUGCUGCUGCUGGAGGGUCUUCGUACGGCCAAGUUAAGGAUGCCACAGACUAG